GAAAAGUCUUCAAUAAGUAUGAGCUAAUCACCCUGUGCUUGCUGCAAAUAAGUGAAAAUAUCUGGAGAAGGAAGAUUUGAGAUGCUGUGUUCUAAUUGGCAAAAGAUCAUAUCAGCAAACCCUGUGGAUAGGGACCACUAAAUUGUCUUUCCCUCUGUUCAUGACACCAUUUUCUUUCUUUGUCUGAUCUGUCUUUCUAUAACUCGUUAUGUGUUGACAAUUUGUAAUUAUUUAGUUGCAAUUAGAAUGAUGAAGGACUUAUGCCCGAAAUAUCGAAUCUCCUGCUCCUUGGAUGCUGCCUGAUCGGUUGUGCUUUCUGUUUGGACCAAGUGUACUCACUGUCUACCAGUCAAUAUUCAUCCCUCAACCAACACAGCAAAACAGAGGAUUAAAUCAUUUCUCUCAUUGAUGUUUGUGACCCUUUUCCUGCGAGUUGCAUGCCAAGGAACAUUACAUUGAGAAACUAGCAUGCAGAGUUCAGAGGGUGCAUCCGAACCGGCAUCUACUGUCACCCUGCGGACGUCCGCUGCCGGUCCACCAUCUGUGCAAGCUGCUGCUGUGGUACAGCAAGUGGCAGCACCACAACAGCGGCUGGUGGUCCAGGCAACAGGUUCUGCUCAGAAAGGAGGCCAGGUACAGCAACUUCAGGUUCAGAGAGUGCAGCAGGUUCAACAGGUGCAGUCAGUUCAACAUGUUUAUCCAUCACAAGUUCAAUAUGUGGAGGGUGGGGAUGCAGUCUACGCCAAUGGGACUAUACGUGCAGCAUACUCCUAUCCAGAAACCCAGCUCUAUGCACAGAAUCCUGGAGCCUCGUACUUUGAGUCGCCGGGGAAUGCAGUCCAAGUGACCACAGUGGUAUCUUCACCCACUGUGGUGCCAACUCACAGUAUGGUGGGAACUGUUGGUAUUGCAAUGGAGGUAGGAGGAGGUCAGAUCAUCUCAAGUAGCGGUGGAACAUAUCUCAUCCAUGGAGGGACAAUGGACAACUCUAGGCAUCCACUCUCUCAUGCCACGCGCCCUUCACCUGGAACUAUUGAAAUGGCAAUCGAGAACCUACAGAAAUCUGAAGGGAUUACAGCCCAUAAAAGUACUCUGUUGAACAGCCAUCUUCAGUGGCUCCUGGAUAACUAUGAGACUGCUGAGGGAGUUAGCCUUCCCCGGAGCUCCCUGUAUAACCAUUAUUUGCGGCAUUGUCAAGAACAGAAGCUUGACCCUGUCAAUGCAGCUUCUUUUGGCAAACUGAUUCGUUCUGUGUUCAUGGGGCUGAGGACCAGAAGAUUGGGAACAAGGGGAAACUCUAAGUAUCACUAUUACGGGAUUCGUCUGAAGCCAGAUUCACCUCUGAACCGUUUGCAGGAGGACAUGCAAUACAUGGCAAUGCGGCAACAACCUGUACAUCAGAAACAAAGGUUUAAACCUAUGCAGAAGUUGGAUGGUGUAGGAGACAAUAUGCCUGGGAAUGGACAACAUGCAGCUCCAACAACACCAGAGCAAUCUGUAGCUGCACAGAGUCAACACCACCAGCAGUUUCUGGAUAUGUCUCGUGCUCUGCCAGAGUUUAUUGAAGCAGACAUUGGUAGCUGUCCUUUGCCGGAAGAUAUCACACUGAAUGAAGUGAAGACUUUACAGAUUUUGUACAGAGAGCACUGUGAGGCAAUGUUGGAUGUUGUAAUAAAUCUUCAGUUUCACUACAUUGAAAAACUUUGGCAAACGUUUUGGCAUUCAACUCCUUUACCAAGUGAUGGGGCCUCUGUCACUUCAGUGAGUGAGGAAGAGAGUGAAGCCGUUUUCCCCAAAGACAAACUCAUCAACCUCUGUAAGUUUGAACCUAUCAUUAAAUGGAUGAGGAACUGUGAUCAUGUGCUGUACCAGGCACUGGUGGAAAUUCUUAUCCCGGAUGUAUUGCGACCUGUCCCCAGUGCCUUGACUCAAGCUAUUCGGAAUUUUGCCAAGAGUUUGGAGGCAUGGCUGAUCAGUGCGAUGAAUGGCUUCCCUCAGCAGAUGGUUCGAACCAAGGUGGGAGUAGUUAGUGCCUUUGCCCAAACGUUGCGCAGGUACACCUCCCUGAAUCACCUGGCACAGGCAGCCAGAGCUGUGCUGCAGAAUACAUCACAAAUCAAUCAGAUGCUCAGUGACCUCAACCGUGUUGACUUUGCCAACGUGCAGGAACAAGCAUCCUGGGUUUGUCAAUGUGAAGAGGGAAUGGUGCAGCGACUGGAGCAGGAUUUUAAGAUGACUCUACAGCAGCAGAGCUCUCUCGAUGAAUGGGCAUCCUGGCUUGAUAAUGUAGUGAAUCAAGUCCUGAAACCACAUGAAGGCAGCCCCAGCUUCCCCAAGGCUGCCCGCCAGUUCCUGCUGAAAUGGUCCUUUUACAGCUCUAUGGUUAUUCGAGAUCUGACCUUGCGCAGUGCUGCCAGCUUUGGUUCCUUUCACCUGAUCCGGCUGCUUUAUGAUGAAUACAUGUUUUAUCUGGUAGAACAUCGCGUAGCCCUAGCAACGGGUGAGACCCCUAUUGCAGUGAUGGGAGAGUUUGGUGACCUCAGUUCGAUAUCUCCUCUUCAAAUGGAGAAAGAUGACGGCAGUGGGAUGGAGAGUGAGGUGGAUACCGAUUCAAGAGGAGUGACUGAGCCUCCUGUCAAACGUGAACGUGUGGAUCUCAACCAUUCCCUUCAGGAGCUGGAUGCUUCUGCUCAUCAGGAACUGAUGAAUUCAAUAUAAUCUCAUUGGACUGAAACCUCCAGUAAAGCGUACAGAUUGGUCCAGGACUCCAGGUCAGGAAUAAUAACCCAUUCUCCAGGCUUUGGCUGAGGCCUGCUUAAGACCACAGAAACUAAAUGUACAAAGUACCCAGAUUAGUCCUGUGUAUGACUCACCCAGUCCUCAUUGACUGAUUGUGGUGAUUGUUGACCUGGCUGACAAGCUAUCGGGCAGUGAUGAUCCACCAGGAACAGCAUCGGCCAAACGAGUCCUUGUCCACUGGAAUUAAAUAGCUGUAGCUGCUUAGUGUGCAGAGUCUGAGGGAAAUAUCUUGCUAUGACCAUUUUAACAUGAGAUGAAAAUGGUUUAGGUUUUUAAAGUCCAGAUUCUGCUUUAAUUCAUUAUUGCAGAACCACUGGUUGGAAACACUGACCUUCACGGGCCAAGGCAGCUGAGAGUUUAACUGACCACUAAUUUGAGUAUGGCAGGAAACUCCAUGUUCUAUUUCUGUAAAUACAAGAAAAUGUUUACUUUUGUAAUUGUUAAUGUAUUUUCCCUCCCCCUUGUCUGCUCCACUGCAAUUCGGAGACUGACAAUGCCGCUCCAAUCUAUCUUCAGAUCUGCUCCUGAAGAUUUAAUUCCUUUUGAUAAAAAUGUUAACUAUGUUUGUGCAAAGGAGUGCAUCUAGGCUUCUGAGAAUCAAGCUUCUGCACUGCAUACCGACUGGAAAACUCCUCGACUGCCCAUGAGUCACUGGAUUAAAGGUAGGAGGUUAUUGGGCAGAGUGUGAAAUCUUGCCUUUCCACCAGUUCUCAUCCUUCAGCUGGGAGAAUGACUAAAUGGAAUCAUGGAAUAAUCUAGUGACAGCUACCUCUGGUUAGCAAGGAGCAUUGAGUAUGAGUUGAAUUAACCUAUUAGCUUUGCCCAAACUCCUUCAAUAUUAGACACAUUGGUUCGGUGUGACUUACAGAACAAGCCAGCUUGGGCAAGCAUUUCUCAACAUGCUGUUACUUACUACAGGAAAAUUGCCUUAUUUUAACCAUUACCUAGUUAACAAUGAGCCUAGCUAGUCAAUAUAUUAGCUAGUGAUGAGUUAAUUGCAUGCCUUUAGUGGGUAUGGUUCUAUUUUGUGUAUCAGGGAUACCAGUACAUGCAUUAUACUGUGCCUUAGGGAAAAUACUGGGAUAUUCAAUGAAAUGUGCCUGCACUGGUCUGAGACCCAGCGACUGUGAACUAACUUUUAAAACCUGACAUUUAUACUUAUUUUUGUUACUGACGAUUCAGCAACAUCAAAUGUAUUGCUUACAAUUGCAAUCACAAAUUAUAACAAAGGAACCUAAGAAAAGUACGUCGUCUACUUGUCCCUCCAAUUUUGGUCAUGUAUUGCAAUUUUUAAAAAUAUUUGAUACAAUCCUUUAUUAUUGGAAAGAGGCCAGAGCACAGUAUCUGGAGUCUGCAGCCUGACUUGCUCCUAAGCAGGGCAUUUUUGAAUUUUAAUGAUGAACACGUCUGACUGUGAUUGAGACCAGAUACAGUAGAGUCAUGAAAGUGGGACUCAGGAAGGAGAGAAAUGGCUGUGUGGGUUUGUUCUUGCCAGGUCCUCUUCUCCUCAAUUGUCACUGUUUUUGACUGUGAUUGGCUCAGUUCACCAAAAGCUCACCAUCUUACUGGCAGUAGAUCCAUUUUACACACAGCACUGCCAUACAAUGGGAAAGCAAGCAAGUUUUGCAAUCAAGUGGGUUUUCUUUCUUUUCUCUAUCUCCACUUCCCAAACAAAUUACUUUUUGUUUGAAAGUAAAUUCAGAGUUUUGCAUCUCUCCAGUGGGAGCUGUACCUAUGGAUGGUCCACGUUGGAGAUAUAUGUCCCAAACACACACACACACACACACACACACAGGCUGUUCAGGGUGCUGAGUUUACCUAUUGUCACAAGUGCACUUUCAUUUUACGAUAGUUGUUAAACAUUUUCAGUCUAUUCCCUGUUGAGACUCUCACCCAAGGGUUUUUGUGAAGUUAUCAAACAGAAAUAAAGGCUUUCAUGUGUAUUUCUCUGCUUUGUAAGGAAUCGCCAGGCAGUUAACAGGAGAGAUGUUGGUGUGUCACGAGUUAAUGUCUUAAUGUUGUAAUCAUGACAUUGCAUGGAAAAACUGACAAGUUUUAAUGCUUUGAAAUGACCAAGUUUCUGUAAAGGUCCAAUUUUGUCAUUUGAUCUUAAAGCAUGUGUCUGUCUGCAGAGUGCCGUAACUUGGUGCAUGUUCAGUCAAUGGUUCAGCCGCUGUCUCUCACUGGCUAGCAGUGUUGUCACUUGCACCUGGGAAUUUGAACCAGAAUCAUGAAGCUCCGUCUCACCAUAGAAAACUUCUCAAAACUCGAAUCUACUGUUUACACUCUACUCUAAACUUAGUCAUAAAGUUUUUAACAAAUGUGCUGGAAAGUUAUUAGAGACUGUACACUGAUAGUGAUGCCAAUUUGUGCAGCUAAUCUACGUGAUUGGCUAAUUUUGUGAAUUGCAUUUAAAACAAUCUUUUACCUUUUCUGAAUCCAUACAAUUCGACACAACAAUACAUCUAGACCUCAAAGAUUUUGUAUCUACUUUGAACGUGAUGGUGGAGGUGAACUAAAUUAAUAUAUUUGAAGUGAAUAGUUAUCAAAAUGGCCUAGUCCAUGUAGGGGUUUAAAAAUGUGCUUUGUAGCAGUUAAAUUGGAAUCUACCAGCUUAAGAAGAUUUCACAUGAAUGCCAAGCCCAGUUUUGUUUUAAACCAAAAUUUCUCUUUAAAUGUUCAAUGUUUCUAAUCAGUUCUCUUGCUGAAGACAGAAAAGAUGCAUUCAAUGUCAUUUUCCAGGGAAUAAUUUUGUGUCAGCUCUUUGCUUCUUUUUUAAAAAAAAUUAAGAAAAAUCCUGAUGUACAUUUUUUUUACAUGUAUUCUCUUCUUUUGUAAUACCCAAGUGCUCCCAAAAUAGGCAUUCUUUCUUUAACCUACCACUACUGAUGGUAACUGUAUUGUAAACUUUUAU